UCUAUAAUGGAUAAUAGUCAACAAUCAACUGAAAAUAAUGAAACGCUUACUAAAUUACAAACAAAUAGAAUAUUUAUUGGGAAUUUGGCAAGUGAAUUGGAAGAAUUUACAAUUUAUAAAUAUUGCAGUGCCUAUGGGGAAAUUGUUAAAUGUCAAAUUAUGAAAGAACCAAAGACUGAUAAAAGCAGAGGAUUUGGUUUCAUAACUUAUGCUCAAACUUCAUCAUCUGAAGCAAUUUUGGAUGCACGCCCUCAUUACAUUGGGCAUCACAAAAUUAAUGUUAGACCUGCAUUCCCGACUAGUGAGUUAUUAUCCCAAAAUAUUUCCAACACUCCAUCAUCAAACUUAACCACUCGACGUCUAUUUAUUGCUUAUAACAAAGACGAAGCUAAAAGAAAUAAUUUAUUGGAACCUGCAAUUUUUGGUUAUUUAAGUACUUUUGGUGUUGUAAAAGAAAUUGUUCAACAAUUUUCUUCUUCGUCAUCUCAACUUCCUUCAAUUUUGAAUUCUCCACAACCUUUAAAUGAUUAUUGGAUUGUUGAAUUUUUGGACGAAGAAUCAGUUGAAAAAUGUAUGAAAAUUGGUGCUUUACAUUACUUUUCUGGUGUUCGAUUCUAUGUUAAGAGAGUUAUAAGUGAGCAAGACAUUCUUCGACGUAAACGAAAAUUGCAGCAGAUGGAAGAGGCAAUAAACAAUCAUAAUAAUGAUAAUAUGGUUUCUUCAUCCUAUAGUCAACAAGAUUAUUUCCAAUCUCCCUAUGGACGUAAAAUUUAUGCCUCAUCAAAUACUUAUGGGGAUACUUCCAUGCAGUAUCCACAAUAUGGUUCAUCUCCAGUCCCUACUCCACCACCCCCACCCUCUCAACAGCACAUAACAACAACAAAAUCGGCAACUACUUUAUUAUCUUCGUAUUCUUCAAAACCUAAUGGAGGCGGAGAUGGUGCUUCAAGACGUUCAGUUUCGUCAGCGGAGGAAAUGCUUAAAGGAUAUGGAUAUCAUUAAGAAGAGGAGGAGGAAAAUUAAAUUUUUUGUUUUUUUGCGGACAACAUUUGCGGAUUUUUUU